GGCCAGUAGCAAGAAGCUCUCUUAAGACAUAAGACCAACUUAUCACUCUCUUAAAUACUAAGGGCGUAACUGAAAGCUAUCGUAGACAAUUAUAACGGUACAUUUUAAGAUUAACUGUACACGUCUACUUAUCUCUCUCUUUGCGUUCCCUUCCAAAGUUGGGAUAACUAGAAGCGCUCGUAAACUCUAAGGUCUCCGUAAUGUAAUCUUACACCUUUCUUAGAGGAUUAAGGGCGUAACUACAUUCUGAACUUAAGCUAAAAAUGUCCACUUAGACUAAGGCUGCACAUGACCGUCUCUAAACCUCUCUUAGUACAUAUUCCUGCCAGCAAGAAGGAAUUAUGGCACUGAUUUUGAUGCUCAGAGAGGAAAACCGUGGUAUACCGCGGAGGUUGUUCAGAGAUCGCCAAAAUCCAUUGGAUUUUUUAAGUGAUCAGGCAAUCAUAAAGAAUUAUCGGCUAGAUAGACAGUCUGUAUUUGAACUUUGCGAAUUACUGCAAAAUGAUAUCUCAAGGUACACAAAGAGGAACAUGGCUCUCCCAGUCUCUUUACAAACGAUGAUUGCUUUGCGGUAUUACGCCAGUGGGAGCUACAUGUCCGUAAUUGGGGAUGCGCACGGUGUCAGCAAGAUGGCUGUAUCUCGUGCUAUACGAGAUGUAUCGAUGAUCCUUUCACGACAUGCAAGAUCAUACAUCAAAUUCCCUUUGACCGAUCGGGAACAAGUAAAAGUUAAGCAGAAUUUCUUCAACAUUCGUGGAUUUCCCAAUGUUCUUGGGGCUGUAGACGGCAGUUUGAUUCCAAUCCACACCCCAUCAGAUGAGGAACACCUGUAUGUGUGUAGAAAGGGAUUUCAUUCUCUAAACAUUCAAGGGAUUUGUGAUGCUGACUUUAGAUUCCUUAAUGUUGUCGCUAAAUGGCCCGGAUCUACCCAUGAUUCUUUUAUCUGGAAUAACUGUGGACUAUGUAAUGCUUUUGAGACAGGUCAAAUAUGUAAUGGCUAUCUUCUUGGAGAUAGUGGCUAUGGUCUCAGACCAUGGCCUAUGACCCCAAAAUUAACCCCAGUCUCACCUGCUGACAGGAGGUACAACAAAGCACACCGAACCACUCGCUGUGUCAUUGAGAGAACAUUUGGGAUAUGGAAAAUGAGGUUUAGAUGCAUAUUCAAAGGUCUUACAUUGUCCCCUGAACGAUCAAUCAGAGUUAUCAUGUCGACAGCAAUAUUGCACAAUAUAUGCAUGCAAAAACGACUGCCCUGUGAAGAUCUCGAUGAUGAUGAUGGAGAUGAUGAAGCCAGUCAAGAUGAAGAUACCCAAGUACAGGGCCAACCGGAUUCAGCGUCAGGAAUUGCAGCUAGGGAAAACGUCAUAGCAACUGUGUUUGAACAUUCAGAGUAAUCUUUGUGUGAAAAUUAAUGAUGUUCUGGAAUAUCACGAAAAGAACUAAGGAAAAGUUAAACCAAUUAUA